AUGACAGUUGAAGAUUCAAAAAAGUUGCUUUUACCAGAAUUCUACCCUUCUUGGGUUGUUUUCUCACAGAGACAGAAGUUGAGUGAUACUUUUCUACCUUACAUUCUUCCUGCUUUUUUGACCUGGCUUAAUAACUAUGGAGUUGGAAAUGAAUUGGGAGUUGAAAAUAGUUUAUUUCAGGAAACAAAUUGGUGUGCUUUAGAACACCAACUAUACAGACAAGGUUCACAAAUUCAUCCCUAUAAUCAAACACACCUUCAAUCUUACAAGUUGAUCAAGAUGCCUCAAGUGAAGAUUAUAGCUAAGAAUUUCAUGGACAUGGUGUCCUCCUUACCUGCCAUGAAGCUCGACAAGCUAUACGAGAAUGCCUUCAUUUGUGAAGCUAUUCUCAGGUGUUUGCCACCAUUGGCCAAAAACUAUGUUCUCCAGUUGUUGUACAUAGAUGUGCCUGUGUCAGCCAGUUCAUUGCAAGAAUGGGUUCUUGUUGAUGGUGCUUCAAAGCAUAGAGUUGCUGUUGAUAGACUCUUUCAAUUGAGAGUAUUUACUGAACCUGUUGAUAGGAAGAAGGAAGCCACUUACAGGUUAAACCUGAUGUUUCAGAUGAACCUUCGGAAGCAUAUUGUUCAUGGUGGUGUGUUACCAAGAGAACCUAUGGCGGAAAAUAUAACAGUAAGACUCCCAAGCUUAGAGGAGUUAGACAACUAUGCUGCUCAACAAUGGGAGUGUUUCUUCCUGCAUCUCAUAAACUCUGUUGAAGUUGAGGUUACAACAAAGAGCAUCAUGAUGGUUCCUUCCAUGAUGAAAGUCUCCCAACGAGGCCUUUUAAGUCAAAGGGACAAUGAAGGUUCUCGGCUCACAGAAAGUGGUUUUCAUUUCCUGCUAAUGGAUACCAAUGCACAGCUCUGGUAUAUCAUCAGGGAGUAUAUCAGUAAUUCUGAGGACAGAGGAGUGGACUCUGCAGAUCUGAUCUCAUUUCUGCUAGAACUUAGCUUUCAUGUUACUGGCGAGUUUGUAAGAUUCCAAAUAUACCGGGCAGGGGAGCUUUACAAACAUAAAUCAUGGCUUUUAAGGGCUUUACAUCUUAUAGUUGGUGGAAGGUUUUGAUGGGGAGGCUUUUGGAAGGUAUUUAAUGAAUAUUUUAAUUACAUGUUUGGAGGAAGAAUGAAUAUACAGAUGUCGAGCUUGAUAGGGUGCGUGAAAAAUGGGAUACUUAUGUCAUAAACUUAAUUUACGAGUGAUAUGUAUUUGACAAUUACUUUUUGAUGAAUUUGGAACGUAUUUUUGAAUUUGACACUAUAGUUUGUGUAAUUUCGACAAUAAAUUUGUA